AUGGACUUCCUGGGCCUGCAUACCUUUCUCCAGGAGCUUCCUUCCCACCAGGAGGCCCGUAGACGUCCCGAGCCCACCAGCGUCGUUCCGCAGCUCACUCCCAAUGAGGAUCUUGAAAGACUUCUCCGGCGCCACCGUCCUGCCAUCUCGACGAUCGAGUUUGGCAUGAACUACGGCGCAGAGUGGGCGACGCAGCACUUCGCAGCCAAGCUUGCAGAGCUCUGGAGGAAGGCGGAAAUGUUCGGACAUAUCUUUGCAAAUACUCCUGACACCGUCCGAGACGGACAGCUGCCCGUUCGCAUCAGACAAUACCUCAAUCGCGUCUCGCACAGCAUCCUGAUGCCCCGUCUGCUCGCGAGCCCUACCACCAGGUGGGCCCUGGUUUCCAAAGCGGUCAACGAGUGGCUGCUUGAUUGGGUUCUGAACGAGACUGUGGUACAGGGAUUUGACCUCGCUUUGGAUGCCGAGUAUCAACUGCUGAAGCACCAUCUUCUUCGUGACCUUGAGCCCUUUGUACGAAAGGUCGUGCUCAACGCCAUGGUGAAAAUCGUCUGCGAGAUUCUGUGCAAGCCCGGAUUCAAAGAAUUUUACCUGGAAAAGCACCGAUGGUACGUGGAAAAGCUGUGGCGGUACGUUGGACGUCUUGUCCCAGACAUACCCAACUACCAGACCGAGGGCCGCACCAGGAUCGCGCAAAUAAUCGCAAAGGCGCAGGCUCUCUCAGUCGACAUGCUUCUGACUCCUCUGGAAUAUGUGCAUUAUUUCCCGGAAAGCGAUGAUGUCUUUGACCCGAUUGAGAUGGUCAACAUGGACCCAACCAACGACAGAUCUCCGGGCGAGCUCCGGCGCUUGUGGUUCAGAAUCAAACUAGCCUACACGCCCGUCACCUACAUUCGUGCAAACUUUGAAGAAUCAUCGAAUACCGAGCUUGUCUUCCGGAGUGAGGUGCUGCUGAUGCCCGAGAACACUUUCGUGGCACUACCAAAACGUCAUCAGAAUACGAACUCGGCGGUGUCCGCCAAUUCCCGGCCUGUUAAGCGGCCAGAAUUCCACGACUACUUUGUUACCCUCCUGCCGUCCUCGUCCCUACAUCCAGACCCCAGAGGACUAUCUAGUUCCUAUCAUAAGUUUCCUCGCUCCGCGUCUGUACCUCAUACCGGUGCGAUAUCACAUCCACCGACCUCCUUCCAGGCGCUGGUUGACCGCGAGACCACCGUCGUCCGCAUACCGCUGCGCAGAGCGAAACACCACUUCGGUGCUGCCACAUCCCGUGGGACUCGUGUCUCGAAUGAGGAUACACACCAGGCUGGCGUCCUUGAUAUUCCUGCCUUUGCAAAGCGACCCCCUGCGUCUGUGACUAUCAAGCGCACCACUGCGCCUCUGGAGAACCGGGGUGCAGAUAGCGCCAGCGGUGACCCGCAAGUCUUCUACUUUGGUGUGUUUGACGGGCAUGGAGGGAGCGAAUGCAGCACAUUUUUGAAAGACACGUUGCAUGAAUAUAUACAGGACACGGCAGCCGAAUCGGAAUUCCAGUCGAGCCUGAGCAAAGACCGAGAGGGCCACUUUUCCAAGAAUGAGUCGGAGAUCUGUCGGGGCGAUCUGCCUAUCAUACAACGGGGCAAUCAUAAGAGAAUGGCGGAAAUGGAGAAAACCCUAGUUCAGAAUUGGAGAAGGCUGGUCGGAGGUUACUUCAAGCGAUUUGUGCCGGCCCAUUUUUCCUAUCGUGGGAACAGUGCUCAAGGAAACGGGAGCGCAACAGGCAACGGGGACGAUCAUACCGGAGGCGUCACGAUUGAAGAGAUUCUAGAGUAUGCGUUUCUGCGUGCGGACCUUGACUUCGUUUCAGCGCAAGCCGCCAAGGAAGACGAUGAACUAGCCACGGCUCAUAAGCCGCAGUACCAAGAUGACAUUCUGUACGGGCCAAAGCAUACACAGCAGAUGAAGCUUGGCGGUUACCGACGAUUUAAGGGAGGCAGCACGGCCAGUGUUGCCCUCAUCUCGACUCCGUCUCCCACUCCGUUCUGGCACCCAUCGGCGCCGUCGAGUCUCCUGGUCUCACAUGUGGGUGACACGCGGAUUCUGCUAUGUUCUACUGCAACAGGAGCGGCAAUCCCACUGACGUCCAACCAUCAUCCUUCGUCCCCGAUCGAAGCCAAUCGGUUGAGGCGAUAUGCCGCCACAUUUGUAACCGAUUCCUUUGGCGAGGAGCGCAUGAGUGGUUUGGCGAAUACGCGUGCCUUUGGCGACGUCCAAUCGAAACGCAUCGGCGUAUCUGCAGAACCAGAAAUCCGGCGUAUCGAGAUGGGUCCAGCAGAGUACUCGUUCUUAGUCCUCAUGACUGACGGAAUUAGUGGAACGCUCACCGACCAAGAAGUUGUCGACAUAAUCAAGGAGGCAAAGACGCCGGAUGAAGGGGCUCGGAACGUGGUCAACUUCGCAACGGAAGUGACAAAGGAAGGGGAUAAUGCAACAUGCCUCGUCGUUCGUUUGGGCGGUUGGGAGCGCCGACUGGAAGGAGGACUUGGGAGUCUGGGGACCAAAGAAUCCCGAGAAUGGCGUCGACAAGAAGCAACUGAUCCGCGCAGUUCCAGGCGAUGA